AUGCCUUCCGAAGCUGGUCACAGAUUAUACGUCAAGGGUCGUCACCUGAGCUACCAGCGUGGCCGCCACACCAUCCACCCUUCGACCAGUCUGGUCAAGAUCGAGGGUGUUGAUGACACAGCCGCUGCCAACUUCUACCUCGGCAAGAAGGUCGCCUACGUCUACAAGGGCCAGAAGGAGAUCCGCGGCACCAAGAUCCGCGUCAUCUGGGGCAAGGUCACCCGCCCUCACGGAAACUCUGGUGUCGUCCGUGCCAAGUUCACCAGCCCCCUCCCCUCCAAGUCUUUCGGUGCCUCUGUUCGUAUCAUGCUGUACCCCUCUUCGAUAUAA